CCAGCCUGUUGGAGCAAGGCAGUAUCUCUGUAGCUCCAUGGCAGAACUGUCCAACCAGUUCUAUGGAGGAAGAUGCACCACAAACCAACUACUUGGAAUAUUUAGACGCCAAACUGGAUAAUGAGGCCAAGAAAGAUUAUGAGUUAAGUACCAAAGGGAGGAGGAAGUAUGCAUGAUGCGUAUGAGGCCAUUCCCAUCCUGGAAAAACUUCCUCUACAGAUUGAAUCCAUCACAGCCUAUGAUGAGAACCUGGUGGUGGGGACAAAGCAGGGACACUUGCUUAUGUACUCCGUUACACCAGGCACAACCCGACGCUGGGAUGUCGCUCUCCUCUGCUCAAACAAGAAUUUCUCCCGCAAGCCAAUCGUGCAGGUGGCUGUGGUGCCGGAGCAUCAGAUCAUCGUCUCUCUAUCAGACAACGUGAUCAGCGUUCAUGACCUGACAGUCUUUAACCUCCCUCUGCUGUGCACAGUGACACAGACCAAGGGUGCCACCGCCUUUGAUCUUGACCUCAAGCAUCAUGUGACACUGACUGGAGAUGCGGUGGUGAUGGUGCGCUUGGUGGUGGCCGUCAAGCGCAAACUUCAGCUGUAUUACUGGAAAUCUCGGAAGUUCCACCAGCUGCGUGAUGACCUGUCCCUGCCUGACGUCCCCAGAGCACUCACCUGGUGCAAGGAAGCCAUCGCUGUGGCCUUCAAACAUGACUACUGGCUUGUCAUGCUGACUGGGAAGCAGAAGGAACUGUUUGCCACAGGUAGGAGUCAGGAGCCACUGAUAACACAGAUGGAGGGCGGGGAGCAGCUGGCCCUCGCUCAUGACAAGGAGACCAUCUUUGUGGAUGCGAAGGGCAACGCUACCUGCAGCUAUACUCUCAAGUGGGAAGAGCAACCACUGGCCCUUGCCUACCACAAGCCUUACCUAGUGGCUAUUUUGCCCAAGAACAUUGAGAUCAAGAUUGCUGAUCCUCAUGCCACUGUUCAGCUUGUCAGUCUUGAGAAGCCAAGGCUUGUGUGUGUUGGCACUUCAACUAAGACCAAGAGCCAAGUGUACAUUGCCUCCACCUCCCAUGUGUGGUGCCUUCACGCCAUCCCUGUCAACCAGCAAAUCCCUCAGCUCUUGGCAGACAAGCAGUUUGACCUGGCUCUCAGACUGGUGGACGUGUGGGAAGAGGCUCAGGAUGCCAAGACUCAGAUGCAGAAACACAUCCAGCACCUGCAAGCAAUACAUCUGUUCUGCAGCAAGGAAUACUCUCAGGCCAUGAAGAUCUUCCUUACCCUCAAUACAGAUUUGCCCUUUGUGAUUGGCAUGUACCCAGACAUGGUGCCUGAGGAAUACCAGAGUCGCCUGCAGUACCCUUACCCAAUCCCAGCUCUUAGUGGGGCAGAGCUGGAGAAAGCCUUGCAAGCACUUGUACAUUUCCUUCUAGAGAUAAGACACAAGCUUUCAGGCAAUGAGGGUGAAGCAGGGGCAGGGGGAACAGGAGCAGCAGCAUCAAAGACUGAGGCAGACAGCAAGUAUUCCACGGCAGCAUCUGGUGUCAAGUCCCGUAAUGAGAAGCUUCAGAUCAUUGACACGACGCUGCUGAAGUGUUACUUGCAGACCAAUGACAGCCUGGUGCAGCCUCUCCUGCGAAUGCGAGACAGCUAUGUCAGCGUGAUGGAGGGGGAGAGAGUGCUGCGACACGCUCACAAGUACCCUGAGUUAGUGCUGCUGCUUCAGACUCGUGGCCAGCACCAGCGGGCCCUACAGCUCCUCCUGCGCCAUGCCAAGAAGCCCGACUCUCCCUUGUUUGGCCACCAUCACACUGUGUCUUACCUCCAGCAUUUGGGUCCUCAGCAUGUAGACUUGAUCUUUGAGUAUGGUGGAUGGGUAUUAAAGUCUCACCCUGACGAUGGUUUGAAAAUCUUCAUCGGUGACAAGACGGCAUCUGGAGAAGUGGAGCAGCUGCCUCGCCCUAGAGUCCUCAGCUUCCUGAAGAAAACUGAGAAAUCCCUGGUUGUUCCUUAUUUGGAGCAUGUGAUAGAGGAGUGGAAAGACUGCACUCCUCUGCUUCACAAUGAGCUCAUCCACCAGUACAGGGAGGUGGUCACUGCGGCAAUCCCUGUGUGUGACCCCACCACCCUGGAAGAGGAAAAGAAUAAGAGAAAGAUGACUCGUGAAAAGCUUCUGAGUUUUCUGAACCAGUCUGAAAAUUACACUGCUGCCACUCUCCUGGUUCACUUCCCUUAUGAUAGCCUCCAUGAAGAGCGAGCAGUACUUUUGGGAUGCCUGGGACAACACCACCAGGCUCUGGCCAUCUACAUCCACACUCUUGGUGACACUGAUGCUGCUCUCAACUACUGCAGGAAGCACUACUCAUCAUCUGGUUCAGGAAGUGAGGUGUAUUUGACCUUGUUGAAGCUCCUUGUGACCCCAUCUGAUGCCCAAAGCUCAUCUGGGUCUCCUCUGAAGCAGCAUACAAAGAAGCCUCCAGAUGUGAAGACUGUGCUGGACCUCCUGCAGAAUUACUUACAGUGCAUCGAUCUAGGCCAGGCCUUGAAGGUUCUUCCUGAUGAUGUAAGAUUGAAUCUGCUGAAGCCUUUCAUUCAAGCCUCCUUCAACUUGGCAACCACUGCCUGCAGGGAGCAACAGAUCACCCGGGGUCUCACACAGUCCCUCAAAUUGCAGACAAAUGAAGAGCUUGCUUCCUGCCAGAGAGAGAAGAUUGUUUUGUCAGAAUAUACAUACUGUGCUGUGUGCAGCAAGAGAUUUACUAAACAAAGUGCUUUUGCUUGGUGUCCCAAUGGUGAUGUUGUGCACUUCUCCUGUCAGAACCAAAGGUAACACACAGCACAGCAGCACAGCUGAAAGUAAGUCAGUGUGGGCGUAGUGUGUCAGUGAUGCUUACCGUUUAGUGAGAGAAAAUGUGAAUGAAUCUGAAGGUGGCUCUGUCUUUUCUAACAAUUGGAAUGUUGAAAAAUGUUGAGAUAUAUAUAUAUAUACAUAAACAUAUAUAUCUAUGAUUAAGGAUACAUGUUAGUAUUUUUUGUAUCUAUACUUUAUCAAAUAGUUAUGAUAUAGGCACAAAGUUUCAAGCUUCUCCUGACUAGUCAUUGUUACUGCAAAGGAGAACUUGAAUUGGCUGUGACUGUUUUAAGUGCUUGGAUUCUCUCCAUAGAUGAGAGAUAUAUUACAUUACCUCCAUUUCUUCAUUACUCAUCCUAAUAUUGAUCUGAUUAUCAUACUCAUGGAUUCAUAAUACUGCACUCAGCGUCACCAACUCGGUCCCUUUAAAGUCACCUCCUGAGGGAUCAGGAACUUUGGAUCACUGUCACUGGAUGAGGUUCUCGCCUGCUGAUUGAAGUGUGUGUCUUUUAUAAUGUGUAGCAAACUUGCACAAUGUUCCUACAACAUCCUCAUUUAUUUGUAAGGUACCAGAUUGCACAGGUACAGAUAAUCCAAUCUAAAUAAGAAAGCUGAUUUUCUGCAAAUUUUUAAAGGUUGUACAUAAGCUUAUGCCAAUCAGGAGACAAGGAGUUGGUAGUGACAGCAUUACCAUGGUCAGUGUCCCUUGUGGAAAACUUCCUUGGACAGAUUUAGUGAAACUGAGUGAAGUAUGAUGCAUUCUUAACUUUUUGGUUGAUAAUUUAUAUUCACAUAACUAUAUUUGUUAUUUUAAGUCUUUAUGAACGCAGUUGUUUUUGUAUCAAGGGUUGAAGAUAAAUUUAAAGUGAUUUAGUUUAAGAUGUCCAAGUAAAAGCAAUGCAUGUAAUUCUAGUAAUAUUGAUUGAAAGAUUAUUGUUCCUAUUUUAAGUCGAAUCAAAUGAGGCUUGCUUCACUGGAGGUUUUCUGUUCCUCAACCUGACAGCAUUAUUUUUCUUCAUUAAAGUAAUUCCCUCACAUAUUUUGUCAGUCAUGCACCAUGUUAUUAAAUACUACUUUUAUUGAAAAUGCCAUUGUAAAAACAAUUUCAGUAAUGACUUUUUUAACAUAUGUAUAAUCACAGUAUAAUCCCUAAUAUAAGUAGCCCCAUGACA